AUGAGAGGCUUCAUCGGUGCUGUGGCCGGCCUGGCCGCUGUUGCCAGCGCUACCCCCUCUCUCUCCAUUGAGACUGUCCACGACGGCGCUGCACCCCUUCUUUCUUCCACCAACGCCGAGGCCGUUCCGAACUCAUACAUCGUCAAGUUCAAGAAGCACGUCUCGGACUCCGGCGCCUCGGACCACCACAACUGGGUCCAGAACAUUCACUCCUCCGCUCAGGAUGAGCGUCUCGAGUUGCGCAAGCGUGGCCAGGAGCCCAUGGUUGACGAUGUCUUCCACGGCUUGAAGCACACAUACAAGAUUGGCAAGGACUUCUUGGGCUACGCCGGUCACUUCGAUGAUGCCACCAUCGAGAAGGUCCGGAGGCACCCUGACGUCGAGUUCAUCGAGGUCGACUCCGUUGUCCACACUCAGGUUCCCGUCAAGUCCCAGGUUGAGGACAAGUGUGACGGCGAGCUCGAGAAGCUGGCCCCCUGGGGUCUGGCUCGUGUCUCCCACCGCAAGUCUCUCGGCUUCGGCACAUAUGACAAGUACCUCUACGCUGAGGAUGCCGGUGAAGGUGUGGAUGCCUACGUUAUCGACACCGGCACCAACGUCGACCACGUCGACUUCGAGGGCCGUGCCAAGUGGGGAAAGACCAUUCCCUCUGGUGACCAGGACGCUGACGGCAACGGUCACGGCACUCACUGCUCCGGCACUAUUGCUGGCAAGAAGUACGGUGUCGCCAAGAAGGCCAAUGUCUACGCCGUCAAGGUUCUCCGCUCCAAUGGCUCCGGCACCAUGUCCGACGUCGUCAAGGGUGUUGAAUGGGCUGCCACUUCCCACACUGAGCAGGUUCAGGCCGCCAAGGAUGGCAAGCGCAAGGGCUUCAAGGGCUCCGUCGCCAACAUGUCUCUCGGUGGUGGCAAGACCCAGGCUCUCGAUGCUGUUGUGAACGCUGCCGUCGAUGCUGGUAUUCACUUCGCCGUCGCCGCCGGCAACGACAACGCCGAUGCCUGCAACUACUCCCCCGCUGCUGCCGAGAAGGCCGUCACCGUCGGUGCCACUGAGCUCGGCGACCGCCGCUCUUACUUCUCCAACUACGGAAAGUGCACUGACAUCUUCGCCCCUGGCACCAACAUCAAGUCCACCUGGAUUGGCAGCAAGUACGCCGUCAACACCAUCUCCGGUACCUCCAUGGCCUCUCCCCACAUUUGCGGUCUCCUGGCCUACUACCUUUCCCUCCAGCCCGCCUCUGACUCCGAGUACUCUGUUGCUCCCAUCACCCCCAAGAAGCUCAAAGAGGCUCUCAUUGCCGUUGGUACUGUCGGUGCCCUCAGCGACAUUCCCCGCGACACCCCCAACGUCCUCGCCUGGAACGGCGGUGGCUGCAACAACUACACUGCCAUCGUCAAGGCUGGCGGUUACACUGUCAAGCAGGAGUCCAAGGAGACCACCAUCGAUGACCUCGAGAAGGCCAUUGAGGAGGACUUCGAGGUUCUCUCUGGCAAGGUUGUUAAGGGUGCCAAGAGCGUCGGCACCAAGGCCGAGAAGUUCGCCAAGAAGAUCCACAACUUGGUCGAUGAGGAGCUUAAGGAGUUCCUCAGGGAGACCUCUUUGUAA